CCUGGUCACAAAAGGCAGCAGGAGCUAAACGGACCUGCAACCUAAUGGCGAACGCCCUGUCCUAAUCAUGCAGCCAUGCGCAUCGACCACGACUCACACACACACACACACACACACACACACACACACACCUAUAAUCAUGCCGCAGCAAGAGGGAGAGAGAGAUUCUUCCCGUUCCCUCACUCCCAUCCCCACUAUCUCCCACCCCACAGACGCCGUGGGCAGCCUGUGGCACCUUGCCCUGCAACCAAGCAAACGCAACGUCCCACCUAUCACCUAUCCGUCCAAAAACAUCCGUCCGUCUUGCACCCCCAUGCAUUCGUCCGUCUCGAUCAGCAGCAGAACAUGCCGACGUCGCCACCGUCGCUCCUGGACCUCCUGAGCCCCUCUCCUCCGCCUGCUCCUUCGCCGGCGGCGUCGGCUGGCGCCACGGUGGUGCAGGUGGUGCCGAUGGACGUCUCCGAGGAGCUGCUGGGCAAGUUCAUGGACGCCAGCGAGUUCGGCUUCGACUACGACACGAGCGGCCUCUGGUCCCCGCUCGUGCUGCUGCGGCCGGAGGUCCUCGCGCUCGCCUCGGGCCGCGCCAAGCGUCCACGCCCGCGCCGGAGCUGGAGAAGGAAGAUGUUUUGCUGCUGGUGACAUGCAUGCGCCGUUCGUGUUUCGGGCAAUCGGGAUGUUCAUAGAUCCUUCUGCAGUUUAGGGAGGCUUGCUAAUCGAUGUAUUUACGGGGACAUUACUACUGUACUUAGUUUUCUGUAAGAAAUUAGGGACUUUAACCCUGGGGUGUACUUUGGGCCCGAAAUGGCGAACGCCAUUUUCACCCUCGAGUGAAUAAGGAAAUAUAAACAUACGCUGGUCAUAUGUGUGUA